GGUUGAAAAACGCAAAAACGCAUCGGAACCGUUAGUUCAGUUUGGAGUGGGAUCGGAUCCGAAAGACAGUGUGACGCGAUAUCUGUAAAGUGUGAAGAAGACGCGCGAACAAUGGCGGAAGCUUGGUUGGGUUUGGGUCCCACCUUCUCUAACUCCCUCCCUCUUCCCCUUCCCUCUUCCUCUUCUUCUCCUCCUUCAAUGGCUUCCGUUCCCUCACCCCGCCACCGUCGCUGUUACUCCAACCCUGACCCUCCCCCUCCCCCUCCCCAGCCAGCUCUCCUCGUCUUCUCCGGCGGGACUGCCUUCAACGGCGUCGUCGAGGACCUCAAGACCUUCACUACCCGCGUCGCCCACGUUCUCCCCGUCUCCGAUGACGGCGGAAGCACCGCCGAGAUCGUUCGCGUCCUUGGUGGUCCUGCUGUUGGAGACAUACGUUCGAGGUGUCUGAGGUUGUCUGAUCAGAGCACAGCUGAAGCUCUUGCAGUUCGGAAUCUGCUUGGUCAUCGUCUACCUCUUGAUCCACUCAAAGCUAAAUCUGAAUGGUACUCCAUUGUGGAAGGUGAUCACACACUAUGGAAAGGUGUUUCGAAACCUUACAGGGAGACUAUUCGAUCUUUUCUUGUUUAUUUUCAGAGUCAGAUUCUACGCCGGGCUGAAGAAUCAUUUUGUUUCAGCAAUGGCAGCAUCGGAAAUUUCUUUUUUGCAGGCGCACGUAUAUUUUUUCGGUCCUUGGAUGCUGCAAUAUUUUUGUUUUCACGUGUUUCAGAUAUUCCCCCUGAAAGCCUGGUUCUCCCUGUAAUUUCCACCAACGACAGGCUUACCUUAGGGUGCGAAUUAUGGGAUGGAACUAUUAUAAGGGGACAAAAUGAAAUUUCUCAUCCAACCAGGGGAACGACAGAGCUGAUUAACAAGGAUAGCUUUUCCACUCCAGCGCUUCCUUCAAAAAUAAAACGUGUCUUCUACAUGUCAAGUGAGGGGAAAAAUUUGCUCCAUGAGGUCUUUCCUUCACCUAAUGCAACUGUAUUAGAGCAGUUAAGUAAUGUGGACUGCAUUGUAUAUGCCAUGGGUUCCCUUUUCACUUCAAUCUGUCCCUCGUUGGUCUUAUUGGGAAUUGGGGAGAUUAUUUCGUCAAGGUCUUGCCUCAAGGAAUUUAGGCUUGAUAAGAUUGCUUUCAAUUUGCAAGGAGAGCAUUUGUUUCUCUUUUGGAAGAAACAAGCUAUUAAGGUACUUAUGUUAAAUGGCACACCUGACCGGGAGACUAAUGGGUUUUCGGCUUCUUGUUUUGUUACUGCCAUCACGGAUGCUCUAAAUCGAACAUAUGGAGAUCCUUGCAAUCGGCUAAAGAAUCCUCCGAGUCAGUAUAUCAAUACCAUUUUGGUGCCAAGAAAUAGUUCAGUUCCAGUUGAUGUUGACCGAUUGAAUGCCCAAGGAAUAUUUGAUGUGAUUGUUGUUGACUCCCUACGUGAUUCCAAAGUGGGUAUAAUAUAUGACCCAAAGUCGUUGAUAAGAGCUCUCGCUGACUUAAUUGACAGAUACAUGAAGUCGAGAGUCAAGGAAUUAAUCGAUGCUAGAUGAUAUAACAAGGGGCUACAAUUAACAAUUUUUUUCCUCUGAAGGAUUUCUAGGUAAAAUUGCCUAUUUAUAAUCAUAUAUUGGAACAAUUUUUCCUCCCAUCCAAGGUACAGCAAUUCGAUGAAAACAUGAUAUAAUGUUUAUUGCCAUAAGUAUUUGAUUAUGUAGGGAUGAUAUAGUUUAAGAUAAAAGAAAAAAAAGGAGGAGAAACAUUAAAGAGUCUUGUAUAUUUACAGCAGUGCUGUGUAUGUAUGUCGCAUACAUUAAUCUUAUUUGAUUAUGGCAGAUCUCAAUUGAGUGUA